AUGAGCAGCAAUGUCGGCAAAGGCGAGCCUCUUUUUUUAAUUUUUCUUAAUUUCGCUUUUAAGAAUUUUUUGAAUUUAUUUUUGCUCAUGAACAUUUUCAUGGAGCUGUACACAGCCAUAAAAAUAGUUUUAAAACCUGAAAAAUGCCCUCUGAAAUAUUUUUGUAAACGAAGUUGAACAUGUCUUUUCAGCCCUUAGAAAACAUCUCUUUCCAGCUUAAAAUAUAAAUUUAGAUUGCGUUUCACAAAAACUCCGUUAUUUGCAAGUCGAAAAAAAUGUUCUAGAGUUUUUUUAAUAUAAAAAAACGUUUGUCCCACUAGUUGUUUAUUUUUCAAUUUUUCCGGCAGCGUUUAGAAAAAAACGAGUUUUUGGAUCGUUUAUCUUUCAGUCAGCCCGUUUUGAUUAUUCCCCGCGUUUCGCACCAUAACAAAAAGAUAAGAGGACAGUGUUCAGCUGCUGCGCAGAAACUUUCGUUUCAAUCCACUCGAAAAUGACUUCGAUGAAGCGAAACAGAAUGAAAGGCUGCACUCGAGAAAUUGUAACCGCAGCCUCUCGAAAAAACAAUGUUUGAGUCGGACAACUUCCGUUUGUUCUGUGCGCCAAGCCCGGAUAAGGCCUCAGGCUGUUGUAAACAUUCAUUUCGUGACGGAAGUGAGGCUAAAAACCUAAAGAUUCCGAUCUAAUAACUCGGUCAACAAGAGUAAAACAUCAUCAAUGAACAGUUAUUGUGAAAGAGGCUAAUUACACUUCUCUAUUCAACAUCUUUUGGAAGUUUUAAAGUGUUUAUUUCAGUACGACGACUGCGGAUCCAAGUUGAGCCUGUAGAUGUGGAGCUAGACGAGGACGACGGUAUUCUCUGGACCUCACUUCAAACCGCUUUCCCAGGUCUUAUUCCACUUCUUUUUUCAGUAGUAUCAAACAGCUCUCCACCUCUUCCUGUUGAAAUGUUGGAAUAGAGAUGUUAACCUGAAAAUUUUGCAAACGAUGAAAUGUUCAAAACGCGAUAAAACUGUUUGCCGCUCGCAUUACUUAUCGGUUUCGCAUCUUUUUUUCCUCGUAGAAAUUCGAUCGGACAACUUUCUUAUCUUUGAAUGAUGAAAGGCUUGAUGGUUUUCAUUUUUCGGAUGGCAUCGAAAAUUAAAAUAAAUUCACUCACCGCUAAAAUGGGAAAAACAACUCAACGAAGACUUGUUCUUCGCUUACCGUGUCCAAAUCGUUAUUAAAUAUUGUGAUCAAAGUAAAAUUCAUGCAAAAAUCCAAAAAUUCAAAUGUUUUCAAAUUUCGUUGAAGCAAUCUUCGUUAAAAGCCUACUUCUUGUCCUCUAAAAAUAUGCUCACGGCCAAAUUUUUUCGUUGUUCAAAAACAACCAACUGUUUGCAGGAUGCUCGGGAAUGUUCUACAGGGAAAAGGACGCCGACUGCAAGAGCGCCGUGCGUUUCGACGGAAAAAAGUUUCAAGCUCCAGGAGGGGCAUGGAACGACCGCGACUACUUUGUCACGCUGAGUCAGUCUGAAAAUCGGACGGCGGCGACGCUUUUUUGGUUUGAGGCCAGCGAUGCCACGCGUCAAUGAACGGUCUGAGUGGCCAGAAUGUGAGCAACUACGAACUCGCGACCAAGCAGUUUGAGCGAUCUGUGCACGCCGUCCAGAGAAUGCUCGCUACUUCCAAAGUGACUCCCUACGGUGAGGUUUCCUUACUUUGAAACGAUAGUCAUAAGUCUUCUCUUUAUCAACCUAAACAUUUUUUUCAAUUUAAAUAGUUUUAUUUUAUCUUAACUAUUCUCUUUUUCAGAUCUUUCGCAUCUCCGAAAACACUACAAAGAGAGGCAAGAUAAUGCAGAUAUGAAGCAGUUGGAAGAAAAAAGGAUGACUGCGGUCGUUUCGGUAGAGCCCGUUGUUCACAUUGAGCAUUCACAAAAGUCCGCCGCGUCUCCUCCAAUGGUCGACGACCCAAUUCAAGUGAGCAGGCCCAUGAAAAGCGGGCAGGAUUGGGAGAAAUAGUACCCAAUCAAUAAACUUUGUAGCGAGUCUUUUCACUUCCAGGAAAGAACUCGUUUGUUGAGCUCACUUGAGCGACAGCUCACGCCAAUCGAACAGCAAUUCGUCGACCUUGCCAGAAUCUCCACAGCCAAGGACUCUAUCAUAGACGCGCAUCGAACCGAAAUCGGACGCCUCAACGAUCAACUGCGACUUCUCGAAAAGUAUUACUGUUCAAACAGACAUUUUAUUAUAUGUAGGAUGUUUGAGGGACUUGAAGACGAAAGAAGGAAACCUUUCCGACGCCGAAGCCCUCAUCAAAUCUCAGGAAGAGGAGCUCCAUUUGCUUCGAGGCUUGGGGCGAGAGUAUGCAACUUCCACAGAAAAAGUUCGAUCAGCUUUCGGAAAACAGUUGAAGUUUAUUUUAAGAUUAAAACGUUGGAGGAGCAGCUGAAUAAGAAUGAGAAAGACCUCAAAGAUUUGCAAAACCGCCUUGAUGCCUCCACAGACAGAAUAAAAGAGCUCGAAACGGUGUAAGCCUUCUGUCAAUAUUUUGCGACGAAAAUAUAAUCAAAUUACUCUAGAAAUGAAAACCUGCAAGCAAGACUGGAAACGAGCACGAACAAGUUGUUCGAACUGGAUGAGAUGUUGCAAAUCGCCCAGUCGUCGAAAGAACUCUUGAUGAAGGUUUAGCUCCUUCCAAGCUUCAACUCACCGCCUUGUAGGAGCUGGACCAACUCCGACCUCUGGCCGACUCGAUAGGUUUAGACGACGUGGAAAACGUGCCGACCUACGUUGAAGCUAUAUCUGGUCUUGAAAGGCUUCGGGACGAACUCGCCAAAGUGACCAAUGAAGCGACGGAAGUGAGAAGCGCAUUUGAAGAUCUUCAAGCCGUACAUGGACCUGUUAUUGAACAGAACUCUUCUCUGACGACCAGGUUAUUCUCAAAGACUCGAUUCAUCUUUUUUUUAAUUCCAGAAAUAAAGAACUUGAUGCUCGAGUGGCGAGGAUUGACGAAGAAAUGCAUAAACUCAACGAUGAUUGGAAACGAAAGUUCGACGAAAAGCAAAGCGAUUGGGGCUUGUUGGUAAGACGAGCCGUUGGAAAAAUAGAGAGGAAAGAUUCGAACUGCAGAAAUCAGAAGCCGAGACGGAGGUGGCUUCGUUGCGACAGCAAAUGUCGCAGCUUCAGUUGAUUCUCGACGCGGCGAGUCGCGACGCAGCCGAUAACGCUCGGAGGUCUGCAGAUCCGCUAGUGUUCUAUUCACUUCACUAAUAUUUAAUUCUUUUUUAAUUGUAAAAAUAAUGAACAUGAAGUUUUCAACGCUUUGAAAACCAGCUAAUCGUCAAGAAAACGUGAUAAUUUUCCAUAAUUGAGAAAAAGAUUUGCAUGUCGCUAAUUUAAAUGAUUUGGGCUCCUCCCGUUGUAUUAUAAGUAACAGUCAUAUACUAAAAACCGAACCCGGUACUCCUAUCGAAAUUGCUCAAUAAAUUUUUCUUCACUUUAUUUCUUGCAAGAAAUCAAAGAAUGUUGAAUGCGAAAUGAAAAUUAUAUAGGAGAAGACUUUUUGAGAAAAAUAACCAGAAAGACUUCUGAGCUCGUCGCUUGUGAACUGAAUUUCAGCUUUCGCAGGAAUUUCUCGUCUAUUAUGAGGAAAAAAGACUAAAUUGUGCAAAACCAGAACGUAUAUAGAGCACUAGAGGGAGAAUUGUCUGAAAUGAUGCAUUGCAGGGUGGAUGAACUGACAGCGGAGAAGUCGGAGCUAAUACGCGCCGCCGAACUCUCCGAGAUCAAAGGACAGGUCAGCAGCAAGCGGGCUCUGUGGUCUUCUUUGCGCUUCUGACCGUUUCGUGUCCACUCACUGUCCGUCUCUAACUCAUUUGCACAGCUUCCAGGUUUUCUGAUGAGAACUCGGAUGUUUGUUCUUUCGAGGACUUCUAUGGGCUUUGUAAUUUUAAAAAGUAAUAUCGAAAAGUGCCUUUUUCGGAAUCAAUUUAUAAAUAUUCUGCAGCGAAGCGAUAAAUACACAUAGUUUGAGUUGAAAAACAAGAACUCUCGCCGAAACAUUUUUUCUCUAAGGUCGCUUCAAGAAACGAACACCAACAAAUUUUUAUAUGAACAUAUGCAAAAAUUAAAGCUAUGAAAAGAUAAAUGCGUUAUUUUUUGAACUUUUAAGUUGAUCAGUUUUGAAGUAAAGAGAGAGCAUUUCUUGAAGAAUUUCCAUAGGCCAGUGAAACUGAGCUUGUGAUAAUUCAAAUAUUAUUACUAUGAGACUACUCCGAACCUUUCAGCUUCUAUCUAAUUUUCUUAUUAUAGCAAGAAAGAAGAGAUACGUAGGCGAUUUCAAAUUAUCAUUUCGAACUCUUUGAGUUUAUCCCAAACACCGCGACUCCACAUCUUUGCAACCUCGUCUUUUGUCGUUGUGAUAUUGUUUCCUAAAUAAACGUUGGCGUGGAUUAUCUGUUUGCUCACUGCAUGGCUGAUUUCUCGUGAAUCACUCAAAAAGAUGACGAAUGCGAUUUGAAGGAGUCGCUGAAGCGGCAGGUGCGGAACCUGACGGAGGACCUGCGUGAGGCUGAAGAACGCGUCUCCGAACUGUCAGGCCUCGUCGCCUCGCUCGCUUCCGAGGCCAACAACAGUCGUCGCGACAUCACAGAUCUUCUCUAA